AUGCUAACUGAUGCAGAAUUGCUAGAGAAAAUUUUUUUCGCCUUUCAUGCUUCUAAUUUAAUAUUACGCCAAUUUGCCAUAUAUUUCGAGUUAAUCUCAAUGCUCUUGACUGUUGAACGAACCAAUGAGUUAUUAUUGAAAAAUCAUGAUUUGAGGCAUGCGAGUUCAAAAGCAUUGCCUGAAGCAUAUGCUAAUUCAAUGACAAAUUUUAGUCGUUUUAAGGGCUAUGAUCGCAGGCAAGAAAAUUAUCAUCAUAGGAGUGGUAGAAAAUUUAACGGCCCUAGAAAGGCCAAUUUUGGCCUAAAUCAUGAUAAAGGGAAAAAGGAAAUGAAAUUGGAAAAUGAAAGGAAAUUGGUCAAUGAUAGUGUCUGCUAUCGUUGCGACAUUAUUGGACAUUGGUUGCAUACAUGUCGUACGCCAAAAUAUCUUGUUGAUUUAUAUCAAGCAUCUGCGAAAAAGAAAGGUGAGCGUGGUAAAUCUCACGCUAUUGAAAUUAAGCCCACUGCUAAGACCAAUAAUACUUUUGUUGGUGGGACUCCUCAUGCUCCUGAAGUAUCAAAUACAUCUUUAGAUGUAACUGAUUUUUUUGAAGACCUCCAAAUGAUCUAA